AUGUAUUUCCAGAUCUGUCGCCUUAUUGGAAUUAUCACUUAUUUGGGUCAGCUUCGCGCAACAAACGCAUUGAACUUAUUUACGUCAAAUGGAGUGGUAUACAGUCCUUCUGUGGUGGUAAACACAAUAAGAAUAGCUACUACGGUAGUGGAAACAAUAUACUGUACACCAACUAAAACAGGAUUGUCUAAGCAGGUUACCAUUCAGCCUGUGACUACAAGUGUGACCUUAGAUGCACCAAAUAUUGCGAGUAAAGUUUCAGAUACCACCAAAACAGUCCUAGAUAUGGCCAUGCCACCAAAAAUAGCCAAUUUAAAUGCCCUGACUCCGAUUGAUACUGCAUCGUAUUUCCACACACAGAAAAUACUUUCUACAACCAAGACCGCCGUUGAUCAGCCUUACACUACUCUUUACAACAGAGAUGGAUCAUGCACCGUCUACUACGAAGAUCCUAAUAGUGAGGAUCAAUUCAGCACAAUAUUUUUGACAGGCGAUAUGAGUGUAUCUGCAUUCUCGACGGUAACUAGUACCAUAAGCGUUUAUAAAACCAUUUAA